GCAAGAACUUAUAAGUAACUACUUUGCAUUGCCCGGCUACUGGUUUUCUCUCGCAAAUGAACAUGGACGGUGAACUACACGUCGAGGAUGUUACAAACGAUGAGCUCGGCCUGGAUCCAAAUGACCCGCUCGCUAUGCUCUUAAAUAAUCUAUCAGAUUCAGAAACGUCUUCAUCCCAAGCGCCAUCUCCAUCAGACUGGUCCCAGUUUUCAUCCCUCUGGCCGCAGCAGUCCUUGGACGACCAGAACUCAAAGCUUGAUCUUGGCGGUUCUUUCGACUUCUCGUUCCCUAUGGACCUAGACCUCAAUGCUGCAUUGUCUAUGGCAGUAGACCCAAGUACAUUGCACUAUAAUGGCACAUCUCAGAAUGUCUUCGACAUGAACUCUAUUCAUGUCCAGCCCCAGGAUUUACUGUCCUCUUUUCCGUUCACCUUCUCUUCCCCUACUCUCAGUUCUGCCUCAGCUUCCACCAGCUCUGCUGAUGAGAAAUCACCCCGGAUGAGCGUCUCAUCCGGUACAUCCGUGUCUCCGGUCAUGGUACCGAUUAGCACGGGCACGGGCACAGACCCCUUCUCUGGAGUGGUUAUGCAGGCAAAAUUGCCAAUACCCCGCCUUAUAUCAUCUAUUGCUGCAAUCCCUGCCUCCAAACUAACAAAACACAAGCCCGCCCCUCAGUCUUAUCUAUCCUCUUCCGCGUCUUCCUCUCCAUCUCCUGGUCCAACUACUCCCACUUCUGACUCUGGAUCAUCUACGCAUAAUCCCCAGAUUGUAGGCGCUACUGUCAUUAGUCGCCCAAAGACCAGUCACACCACCAUCGAGCGCCGUUACCGUACAAACCUCAACGCACGCAUUCAGAGCCUCAAGGCUGCCGUCCCUGCUCUUCGUGUUUUAGAUCAGAAUACUACCCAGGAAGGCGAUGUCGUAGAUGAACGUGGGUACAUUGACGGUGUCAAAGUCGCAAGGAAAGGAAGCAAGGCCAACGUACUCGGCAAGGCUGUCGAGUAUAUUCGAGUCCUGAAAAGGCGUGAGAUCAGACUGAGACGUGAGCAAGAAGGAUUGCGUACCCUCAUCCUUGGCAUUCACGGUGCCGAGCCUCUUCUUGCUGAAUGGGAUCACGAAUGGGCCAAGAAAUUUGGUGGCCCAGAGCGUGAUGAGAUCGACAACGAAGUCGAAGCCUACGAAGGCAGCGACGAAGAAGACGGUGAUGGCGAAGACGAGGGUGAUGACUCUGAGCGUGCCCGCAAGAAGCCCAAAGUGACAAAAGCACCUGCAGCAAAGAAGGAAAAACAUCCCAUCGUUCCUGUUGCCGCUGCCGCACCCGCGCCCAUCAUCGAGGGCCUCCCUGGUGUAGUACCGGAGAAGCGCAAGCGAGGUCGACCCCGCAAGGUCCAACCUGGCGCCCCAGCCCCAAUUGUCGUUGCCGCACCCGUCGUGCUUAGCAGUCCUGUUGCCGCACCCAUACAGGGCGAUGUUACUAUGCAGGCACAGCCCCAGCAGUACCUUCUUGCCGUAUUUGCGCUGUUCUCGUUCUUCAACUCGCCCUUUACCUCUACGGGUGCUUCACAUCCUCAUACGCAUCAAGGGUCGGUUCUUUCUGCAGAUCCUACGCCUGUCGCCGCUGCUACGUCGUGGUCAUGGAGCAGCGCUGUACAAGCUAUCCACCUCCUCGCAUCUGUUCUGGUCCUUGUCACAAUCCUCGUCCCGUGGGUGCCUCUACCAGGGUAUAUUCAACGUGACAAGAUCAUGCGCCUCAUACCCUUUAGCCACCUGAUCUAUAGUCAAGCAGCACUGGCAACUCACGAAUUGAUCGAGCCCCCUUCUCCCCCCCUUUCCCCCGAUGUCAGUGACUCUGAGUCAGACGGGGAUUCGACGUCCACGGAGAGAACCACCCGCCAGGAGCAGUCCAAAAGUCCAUUGUCGGAUGCGCUUGCUCAGAGGGGUUCUCAGGACGAAUAUGAAGCUCUCAUUAACGCACUCGGAUUGAGCACCGGUGCACUUGGAGCAGUACGAAGCAUUUUCACUAGGCGUAAGGUGAACGAGGGCUCCGAUUCUGAACUUGAGCGCAGGGCAUGGGUUCGCCUAGCAGAGCUCGUUACUCUUCACCCCUCCUCGGCUCCCGCCCUUCUUCGUCUUCGGGUAUAUUUGCGUCUCUCUUCCUUGAUAGGCGCAUCUGGCAAAACGACACAUCAAGCAUGUGACCUCGCGACACUAGCACUCCUUGCCCAUUCCCUCCCUAUCAUUUACAUACAGGAUCGUUCGCAGAGGUUAUGGAACCGUGCUCGUGUCGGGGUGGUGCGCCCCUACGAGCGGUUAGUGCUGAAGACGCUCUCCCUCGAAGACGCCGCCCGGACACUCGCAUCGACGUCUCCCACAACAUCCCUAACGCCUCUUGGUACCCUCGCCACAACCCUCCUCUGCCAACGCCUCCGCUCUCACACCUCAGACCUCUUCGUGCAAACCGUCACCCGCUCACACGCCAGCGCACUCUCCCAAUCCCAAGACGCAGACCAAGAAGCCCAAUGGCACGAGACCGUCAGCGCAGGUCGUAGCCUAAGCGGCCCCGUCAGCGCCAUCUCCGACUCCUUCGCCAAAGUAUGGGAAAGUGGCGUCUUGAACGUAAAAGACCUAAUCGUAGACGACGAAGACAUCAAAACCGUCCUCAGCACCAUCGUCUUAUUCCGACGAAUCUUCCCAUCUCGAAUUCUAUGUUGCGAUACCGACAACAACGAAGUUUCGUUCAUAUUAUCACCCCCGCCUAGUCCGCCUGCGAGAGGACCGCAAAAGGAGGUGGUGAUGCAGUUGAGGAGAGCGUUGGGGUCGAGCGUGUUUGAGGAGCAGAGCGAGGAUCGGGAUGAGUUGGAGGAUGCGCGGGAUCGGGCGGUUGACAUGCUUGUUGAGUAUGAGAGGCGGGGGAGGAGUCGUAGUUGAUUGAUUGUGUUUUGAUAUUUGCGUUGGAUUGGAUUUUACGCUUACUACAUAGUACUAUUAGUAUUUACCCGCUGUCGUUGGUUGUAACAGUCUUGAGUUUGGAAGCGCGGAAUGCACAUGAGAUCAUGUUCAGCUUCGGCGGAUCCAUCAAUUAUUAGACGAAAAGUAUCACCCCAUGAAUAAUCCAACUAGAUAAUAUGUCAAAGAUAUAAGUGAUACUUCGAUAAAAAUCUAAAGUGGCUGAGUGAGCGAAAUACCAUUUGCUAUGCUCAUUCACGAAUGUCAGAGCUGAUGCAUAGGCGCGAUGAAGGAAAGUCCAUUUCUAAAACCCGCUCCAAACAGUCACCCCACAUCUCACGACGGGAUCUCUGAGCAUGGGGGGGUAUGUCAACGAGAGAGCUCCGAGCGGCAAGGCUUGAGGGAACCCAUGUUAAAGUCC